UUUGCUGUUUUUCUGUCAAUGUCAAAAGUACAUAAUUUCCGUCGAACUUGUGGCCAAAACAUGUACAUGACAAAUAUUUUUGUAUUAGCUUUGUUUCGUUGUUUUUGUCUAAAAUAAUGUGAUUUAAUAUUUGUGUUUACUAAGGUGUAUUGAAAUAGAAAAAGAUGAAGAGGUUGUUGUUUAUAACGCUGUUUGUGUUCGGGUCUUACGGCCUUGGAUCUAUAGUGGACAAGAAAUCGAAGGAGAGCACAGAGUUGUCGCGAGCGCGUGACGACCGGCCCCUGUUGUUUGCUACAUUAGGAGGCGGCAUGGUGGCUGUGGAGCCACACUCCGGGAAUAUUAUUUGGAAACUCAAAGAUGAACCAGUCGUAAAAGUCCCCAACCAGCAUGACGGCCUCAUGCCCCAGUUCCUGCCGGAUCCCCGCCACGGCUUCCUAUACAUGUACGGACCGCGGGGCGACCAGCAGAUGCUCAAGAAAAUGCCCCUGACGAUACCGGAGCUCGUGGCCAACGCCCCUUGCAGGUCUACAGAGGGCAUCCUUUAUACGGGGAAGAAGAGUGAUACGUGGUUCAUUCUUGAUCCAUUGACUGGUUCACGGGAACAUGUUUCAGGUUUUGACAAGGCAAAGAUUUUCAAUAGCGACGAAGCGGACACAUGUUUUCCAGACAAAAAGCGUGGUAUCUACGUCGCGCGCACAGAAUAUAAUAUACUGAUGCAGGACUCGAAACAUGAAGAUCAGAAGUGGAAUGUUACCUUCUUUGACUACUCGUCGCUCGCCAUGGGCAAGGAGAUGAUUAAUGAUUACGGCAUAAUCCACUUCACAUCGACAUCCAACGGUCGCGUGAUGUCCUUCGACCGCAAGACCGGCGACCUGGUGUGGUCGCACCACUUCGAGACGCCCGUGGUCGCCGCGUACCUGUUAGAUAGAGAAGGACUCAUUUCCGUCCCUUUCAACUCGAUUGGAGAUGACACGCUGGACCAUAUCAUGGAGGAUGCCACUACUCUCAGCAAUGGACAGGGGAUAAAAAAUUCCAAUAUUGAAUUGUAUCCAACUUUGUACGUCGGCGAGCACAACCACGGCCUAUAUGCUUUGUCGUCUUUAGUUGACAAAAACACCAUCACUAUAUCCACGGGACAAACGCAACCCUUACUCCUCGAAGGACCAACGGCUACCGAAAACAAAAAUACAGAGAAACCAUACGAGCCCGUUAAAAAUGUACAUUACAAAUUAAACGAUUUGAACGUGCACGUUUCAGCGCCGUACUUGUUGCUGGGACACUAUAAAGUGCCAGAAUUGACAACAGCCUGGUCGCCUACAUUACCAAACACAAACUUUUUAUUCAAAAACGACAAUGAUGCCAUCAAGUUGAUAAACGGCAAAAUAUCAGACGCUGAAAAUGAUGUGGAGAAUGAAACAAAUGAGAAUUCUAUGCAAGUGUCUGUGUCUGUUCAAACUGAAGAACUGUUCGAAGGGUUUACGUUCAAUUUUAGGCCUGAUUUGUGGUACAAGCGAGGCUAUAUAUGGCUCCAUCAGCAAGAGAAUAAGGCGCUUAAAGUGGCGCUUAUCAUCUUAGUUGGACUAGUCAUCACCAUGUUUUGGUAUCUCCGGUAUCAGGCGCGUGAAUUCCAACAGCUAUCCCAAGGUGGUUCUCGUGGUUCUAACUACUCCACGUCCUCAAGCGGCGAAGUGACUGGCCAGCUGGAGGAGCUGGGUGACGGCGAGGUCAAGAUCGGCCGCAUCACCUUCCGCACCGACCACGUGCUCGGCAAGGGCUGCGAGGGCACCUUCGUGUACAGGGGCACUUUUGACAAGCGAGCGGUAGCCGUGAAGCGUCUUCUACCUGAGUGCUUCACGUUCGCCGACCGAGAGGUGGCGCUGCUGCGCGAGUCGGACGCGCACGCGCACGUGGUGCGCUACUACUGCACCGAGCGCGACAAGCAGUUCAGGUACAUAGCGCUCGAGCUGUGCUCAGCGACGUUGCAAGAUUACGUGGAGAAGAAGUUAGAUCACUGCAAGAUAGACUCCGUGGAAGUUCUGCGGCAAGCCACUAUGGGGCUCGCGCAUUUACACUCUAUGGAUAUAGUCCACAGAGACAUAAAGCCGCACAACGUGCUCCUGUCAAUGCCAACCGGCGCCGGCGAGGUCCGCGCCAUGAUCUCGGACUUCGGCCUGUCGAAGAAGCUGAACAUCGGGCGCGCCAGCUUCUCGCGCCGCUCCGGCGUCACCGGCACCGACGGCUGGAUAGCGCCCGAGAUGAUCAACGGCGAACGAACGACGACGUCGGUAGACAUUUUCUCUCUGGGCUGCGUGUUUUACUACGUUUUGUCCCAGGGACAGCAUCCGUUCGGUGAUGUGCUGAGGCGACAGGCCAAUAUACUCACUGGGGAUUAUAAUUUGGAACAACUAGAUAAAGUGUUGCCGAAUGAAGAGGUAUUGUUGACUAAGAUCCUGAUUCGCGCGAUGAUCUCCGCGCGGCCGCAGGCUCGCCCGCCGUGCGAGUCCGUGCUCAAGUACCCAAUGUUCUGGGGGAAACAGUCUAUACUUAACUUCCUACAGGACGUGAGCGACCACGUGGAGAGCCUCGGCCCCUCGGGCGUGGCGCACCCGCUGGAGACGGGCGCGCGGCGCGUGCUGCGCGGCGACUGGCGCGCGCGCGUGUGCGGCCGCGUGGCCGCCGACCUGCGCGCGCGCCGCACCUACCGCGGCGACAACGUGGCGCAUCUGCUGCGCGCCAUACGGAACAAGAAACACCACUACAGAGAGCUAGAGCCCGAAAUAAGAGAAAGCCUAGGCAAAUUACCCGAUGGCUUCAUCACGUACUGGCUCCAAAGGUUCCCGCUGCUCCUGCCCCACGUCUGGAUCCAGAUGCAGCGGUUCCGGGAGGAAGACAUCCUCCAGGACUACUAUCCUCACUCCUACACCUUCAGCAGAACCGACGUGGCCGAGCUAGACGACGACCAGUACGAAGAGGAGCUACCUCCCGCUCUCUGCGACCCAGAAACUAAUGAACUGUUCGUAAAAAGCAAAGUGUACUUUGACGAGAGCAAAGAUAGGAAAAAAGAAGGUUCCCCAAAAAAAAUUGUCGACUGGAGAAGCAGUGAUUAUAGGAAACAGGACGAUGUCCGAUUAAGAGAUAGGCAUUACAAGAAAAAAGAGAAAAAGAAAGAGGAAAUGCCCGUUUGGAGCUUGCCGCCCCAGUAAUAUUUAUUUAGCACAAAUAAUGCAUUGUUUACUACUAUUGUGAUUUAUUUAUUGUUUAUGAAAAUAAUUUUAAUAUAUUGUAAGAAAUUAUAAAUAGUGUAGUAAGAUCUCUUGAGACUUAAUUUAAUUUUUUAGAUAUUUUCAGAGGAUUGAAAAUAGAUGAUACAAUUAUUAGGGACCAAAAUGGGAUUUGACAUUAAUAAAGGCAUCUGGUCAGAAGCUGUCUGUAGCGGUAGUGCUAGAAUCUGAUUACGGAAACACUAUUAAAGUUUGUUCACAACCUAGAUAUUAUAAUGAUAUGACAUUUCAUAACUUGUCUUGAAUAGGUAUAGUUGCGCUUCUACCUAUGGUACCGGAAAACAUGUCUCAAUAUUUGUUAAAUGUUUCAGUAGAUGCAAUUUGAUGGUAAAAACAUGAUUCGAUUUUCUUCGAAAUAAUAAUUAACACAUUCAGUGCCAGCACGAGCUACGCACUACGAGCGGUAAAGCCGUAUGUAGGAAAAACGCCUACGAAUAGAGAACCCGCCUAGCGGGUCGCUGGUAGUGAAUGUGUUUAUAGAAUCUAAGAUUUUUAUAUCUGGGAUAUAAACAUAUGUACAGUCGGCGUCAAAAACUUAGUAACAACCAAAGUAGCCAAAUAGUUCGGUACACCAUAUAUUUAGUAUGGUGUACCGAACUAUUUGGCCACGUUGACUGCUACGGAGUAUUUGACGCUGACUGUACCUUAUCAAUGUCAUGUUUUCUAAAUUAAAUUGCAUAGACUGAAUUGGAUUUUCAGCUUGUUUAUGCGUCUAGGCAAUUUUUGACCACUUUUAGAGUACGGAUGGCAUUCAUUUCGCUAUGACAGGUGGGCCGAAGCUAGUAGGAUUUGACACUAGUUUAAUUUUCAAAAGAGUAACUGGAACCUUGAGUUUUAUGGAAUUGGAAAGAUUGCCCAGUUGUAUAAUUUUAAUUAUUGUAAGGUACGAGGUCCGUUUUAUGAAAGAUUGUUACAUGUAAUAUACCAUGCAUAUACCUUAGCGGAAACCUCUUAAAAUUUAUUGGAAAUAGACUUACGAUUUGUAAGCUUUGAUGAAAUGGGCUAUAAUUUUUUUGCUGUUACUAUUAUUGCUGAGUUGAUGAAAUUAUCUACACAUUUUCCUAACGCUGUAUUUUGACAAACAUUCCUGAUAUAUUUUAUUAUUUGUGUUAUUUAUAGGUUAUGUGCAAGUCAUGAUGUGUGUGUGUGUAUGUGUGAAUGAUGUUUGUGGGAAUAUGUUGAAAUUGUUGAACAUGUUUAUAGCUUGAUUAUUGGUCAACGUUGCACUAAUCGAAACCGAAAAACUAAAUUCAGAUUGAGUACUAUAAAUUGUACUGAAUGAUAAAGGUGAACCUUAUCAAUUUUUAACAAGCAGAUACAUCUGCGAACGAUGCUUCUUAACCUUUGAAUUCAUUUAAAAAUGGGAAAAUUACUGCCCUGGCCGCAAUCACUGCUUGGCUUGCUUUAUCCAGAGGCAGAGUUCAAGUCUCACCCAAGGCAGUACUUUUUCCACUUUUAAAUUUAGUGAACCUUCUUGUUGAUAUCUAAAAGUUGAUAUUCCUGAGUCUGUUCAAAUACACGUAAUAUUUGGUUGACGGUUAAAUACUGGCAUGCCAAUAGUGAAAUCACACGUAUUUUACUAUAUAAAGGAUAGGAUGUACAAUCUAGUUAUUUACUGUAAUAAUGUACAUACUGGCCGAGGUGCUAUAAGCAUUUACAUACAAGUAGGUAUGCAAAUCAGUAAGGCUCAAUAUAAAUGUAUAAAAAAUAUUUUAUUUAGUGUAACAUAGUGAAUAAUGUUCCUGUAUUAUAAUAAGAAAUCAUAAUGCAUAACUUAUUCUUUAAAAAAUAUACGCAGUAAAAUAUUUUUUCCAUGAAUGAUGUUAAUAAGUUGAGACAUGAAAAUAAACAUAGUAACUCCAGUGAUCAGCAAAUGUUGAUGUGAGUUAAAACUGCUUUCUCUUUUUUAGGGUUCCGUAGUCCUAGGAACCCUUAUGGUUUCGCCAUGUCCGUCUGUCCGUCCGUCCGCGGCUUUGCUCAGUGAUCGUCAGUGCUAAAAAGCUGCAAUUUGGCAUGGAUACAUUAAUCAUACAUGGCGACAAAACGGUAAAAUAAAAACUACAAAAAAUAAUUGAGGACCAUACUAAGUUUUUUUUUCGCUUUAACCCAAUGGUAUGGCCAUUGGGUUAUCUGUAUCGUUGGAUAGGUCUUUCAAAACGAAUAAGGGUCUCUAAUAACCAUUUUUUUGGAUAAAGUGAAUAUUUUCGGAAAUAAUCACUCCGAAAGAAUAAAAAAAAUGUGCCUCCCCCUCUAACUUUUUAACCAUGGGUCCAGAAAAUAUAUAUAAAAAAGUGGUAAAAUAAAAGCUUAAUACUUUCAAUGAAAACUAUAGCGAACGUGAUCGGUCCAGCCGUUUUUGAGUUAUUGCAAAAAGUCUUCUCCUCUCAGUAAAAAAAUGUACUAAGUGCUGAGAAGCUUAAAGCCUUAAGCCUUAUGCUUGUAAUUUACAUGAUACUUACUAAUAGCCCUUGUUUAGCUUAUUCUGAAAGAAUGGUAACUACGGAACCCUACAUUGAACAUGGUCCUACAUGCUCUUAUUUUUUUGUAUAUGAGUAUGAGCUUUGUGUACAAAAUAAUGCAGAUCCCGUUUUUUUAUAGAUAUAUAUAUAUAUAAUAUAUUUCUUAAAAUAUGUCCGUGAUAGAUCUUAGGUAGGAUUAGUUAUAUUAGUGUUCCGUUGUCUCAGGGGUACUAGUAUUAUAUGGUCUAUGUCAGGGGUUAUUAAAUUGAAUCCUUAUUUACUUGUAAAUGUUUUUUUAACUUAUUAACAUCAGCCACAUGAUAAUGACUACUAUAAUUUAAUACAUAAAGACCUAGGUAAAUUAAUAAUUUCCUUUCUAUAUAUUCGACAUUCUGUCCAAUAAUCAUUCAUGAGAUUUUUUUUAACUUACAUUGGUUUUAUAAGUUGGCAGUGAAUGAAUAUAAAUUUAAUACCCGAGUGUGAAAUUGAAUAUAAAUAAAAUAAGCUCAAUGUUUGUAUGUUUAUAAAAUGAAGUUUUAAAAUUAAAUAAUUGCUAACAAGAUUUUUUUU